AUGUUCUAUUCAUUCUUUCAAAGUCUAUGGAGAAAAGCCAAGCAAUUCAGUGUCUCAAAAAUACAGUGUUUGAGAAAGGGAAGCGAUCAAGAUGGGCGGAAAGAGCUGAGUAGCUAUCGUCAUGAAUGCAAAUUUCAUGAUCAGAAACCCAUCGCUAGCGCAGCUCUCAUGAAUCUGCGAAACCUUUACCCGAAGGUCAUCCGGUGGGCAUCCGAUAAGAGAGGAAUAGGUCAUUUCGACUUUAGGCUAUACUCUCAACACAAACGACAUCAUCCAUUGCCUUUAGCUCCUUGUCUGGGUUGGUCGUGUAUCUGGACGAUGGCAAAAAGGAACGCAAUUCAAAUUGUCCUUGGGGUUGCUUUGGUGUCAUCUCGGAGCCAUUCACUCAAUGGUGCAAAAACGUGCACAUGCGACAAGCGGGAUACUGGUACCGGGUCGAGGUGGUACCGACUUGUGUUAAAAAAAAACCCAGAAGCAGCUCAUCCUUCUCUCACCCAGUGAUGACAAUAAAGGA